CGACGAAGUUUUGCACGAAGUUCGACCGGGAUAUUUAAUUGAAACUCUGAUAUAAGUCCCGAGAAUGACUCUGAGUUGUCAGAUGACGGGUUGAUUCGAUUGACAGUGGCAAAAGGGAUAUCUGUGUGUGGUAUUGGAUCUGCCACGAAGUUUACAUCGCUGAUUUACAUGGGAACAAAAAUAGAAAUGUGCGGGAAAGUCAGCCGACAAUAUUGCAUUAUCUGUCUGAUGCUACUUGCAUUCCACGCAAAAGUGCGCUUGUGCGAGACUAAUGCUACAACCGUAGGAUCGCCGAGUAACGCAGGGGUCGAGAAUAGAACUGCAGUAUUCACAGGCCAGGCCACUGGUAGCACGGCUGGGGGCGACGAAGUCACUACAGCAGCGGAGACAAUCUCAGAUCAAGUCUCGCACAAUGCGGGCUAUCAAUCGACGGAACCAAACGUUCGAAAAUCAGACCAAGAGCCUCAGGAAAAACAGGAAAUGUUCCUGAAAUUAAUUUUUGAUAAGUACGGGAAAGAUGGGACAAUAUCUUACGAGGGGUUUGAACAUUUGAUGGUGAGCCUCGGGCUGGGGAAUAUUAAAAUUGCGCAUGCGUUGGAUGAUCAUUGGAACAAAGACCAAGGUCAGUUCAAGGAGUUUCAUGAGGACCACAAGCAUCCCUUGGACAGUGGGGAGGGCGACAGCCAUGACCAUGAUCAUGAUCACGACCAUGCGUCACAUGACCACAACAACCACGUGCACAGUUCAACUGAAACUGACGAUUAUGACGAUUAUGACGAUUAUGGCUUUCUCUCUGAUAUCUUCUACGAAGAUUUACCGACGGCUACUCCCGGUGUUACCAAUGCGAAAUCAAAACCAGAACGCUCAGCAUUUGAUCAGCUCAAGCCUGAUGGUGUCACAACGUCUUCAACCAAGCAGGAGGUGACAACACAAGGUAUGAAGACGACAUCAGCAGACACUGCAACGAGAGGUUCGCAAGAUUCAGAAUACUCUAAGUGUAUGUCGCCACCAAAUCUUCUCAACGCAUUCCACCAAUCAGAAACAAAGGGUGUGACACAAGAAUCCUUCCUCAAACUCUGCCCCGCCAUCAUAUACCAAAUCGACCUCCACACGUGUAGUCGUAAUGGAUGCAACAAGGGCCGGCCGUCAACAGGGGCGCACGUGAGGUCACACGGUGAUCACGAUCAUGACCAUGAUCACGACCAUGUGCAUAAAUCUCCGUUGAAUUCAACGACGAAAGAGUGGGAUUUCUUUUCUAUUCCUUUAGAAGUGUGGGGUUACAGCACUCUCUCAGUCCUUGUGAUAAGUUUAGUCGGACUCUGCGGGGUGGCCAUCGUUCCGGUUAUACAAAAAGUCUUCUAUACUCAUCUCAUCCAAUACUUGGUGGCGCUAGCGGUCGGCUCCUUGGCAGGGGAUGCCAUGUUACACCUCCUUCCCCAUGCCAUCUCCAAACAUUCUCACGAUGCACCGGUCGAUGAUCACGGCCACGAUCAUGCGGCAGAGGAGGGCGGCCAUCUUGAUGGCGUGUGGAAGGGACUCAUGGGACUCGCCGGCAUUUAUAUCUUCUUUAUCAUGGAGAGGCUCAUGGUCAUUAUAAACGAGCACAGACGGAGGCGACCAAAAAAGAAAAAGGGACGUUUUCGCAAGUUAGAGGACGGCUCAAAUAAAAUCGGCAAUAAGCUGUGUAAUCACCAGGUGCUUUAUAAAUCGUGUGAAGACAUAGUGUUAGUGAUGCAUCAUGAUAAAGCCAUAAAAGAUUUAGCGCACGAAGCAUCCGGCCGCCCGUGCAAACAAUCGGGCAGCGAAGAUGGGUGCUGUGAAGAGUCGGAACGUCUCAGCGAGGUGACCAAUGAAACCGGCGCGGAUGACCAGAGCGAUGCUACCCCACGGGCGCACGGCCACAGUCAUGGUGGACACGGUCAUAGUCAUGGCAAAGUGCCAACAACAGUCGCGUCCGUCGCCUGGAUGGUGAUUCUUGGCGAUGGACUUCAUAAUUUUAGUGAUGGAUUAGCAAUUGGUGCAGCAUUUGCCAACAGCCUGACUGGUGGCCUUAGUACAUCAAUAGCUGUAUUUUGCCAUGAACUGCCUCACGAGUUAGGUGAUUUUGCUGUGUUACUCCACGCUGGGAUGUCCGUCAAACAAGCUCUCGUCUACAACGGCGUGUCUUCCAUAUUGUGUUUCUUUGGCAUGUUGAUCGGAGUUUCCAUAGGCAAUAUGGCCGGUGCCAGUCUGUGGAUAUUCUCACUCACGGCUGGCAUGUUUUUAUACAUAGCACUUGUCGAUAUGUUGCCUGAGAUGGCCAACGUUGAUUCCAAAAGUCAUUCCAUUCUGCACUUCGUCCUUCAAAACUUCGGCAUGGUGACAGGCAUCGCAAUCAUGCUCCUGAUUGCGAUAUACGAGGAUAAGAUAUUGAUCGAGUUAUGACAACCUCCACGAGGACCUUAGCAGCCAAUCAAAAUUGUUUUGGUUUCCAAUGAUGUGGUGAUGGGAUGAAUAGAAUUUUGUUCAUUUCUUAACAAGACACAAUGUUCACUUUUUUUGAAAACUUUUGAAAAUCUGAUGCGCUAAGUUCCACUACCAGAAAACUUUCAGGAGUUUAAUAUCGUAGCAAUACUUUCAAGUCACCUUGGUAACAUUGACAUUUCGACUCUGUCUCUGUCCAUCUUGAAACCAAAUAUACAUCCUUUACAUGAAAACGAAUCUCUUUGUAUAGAUGUUAUUGUGUUUGUGAAUAAAAAUUGCUUCGAAGUUAACUCUGAUCUGUGAAUUGAAAUGACUUGAAUACUUUAUACCAUUUUCAUUCAGCAGCAUUUUUAGCUGCCAACUUCAAUGCAAAACUGCUAAACUUUCUACACAGUUGAUGAAAUUAUGAUGCAAAUAUGCACAUCCAAUGCAAAUUAUAUGUACACAUGUACAGUAUAGAAACACAGUGACUGUGUAUGAGUGUUUGGUCACAUCAUUGACCCUAAAAAACAUCUUGUGUGUCAGAAUAAACUCGGUGACUGUGUAUGAGUGUUUGGUCACAUCAUUGACCCUAAAAAACAUCUUGUGGGUCAAGAUGACGUGUGGCUAUUGUUUCUGUGACUUGGUGUUAUUCUCUGGUGUCCUCAUCCUGAGGAAAUCAGGGGUUAAUGUUCACUUCCCCGGCCCUGCACAAAUAGGCUCAUUUCCAAUUGGCAGUAAACUAAAUUUAGUACUUAAUCAGUUGACAUUUUCAUGGUUUUUAUGCCAACGUUUGACAUUUGCCAAAAAAACGCUCUGGAAAUUUCACAGUUAUGUAAUAAACCACGACCUGCUGAUAGGGGUGCUUUUGCACUUAGCACGCUUUCUGAGAUUCUGGGUACAAUUAUGGCUGAAACGGUGGAUGUCGUCCUGGGUGCUGACAAAUGGUACCCAGGUUCGAGAUCGACUGGACAAUAAGCACCCUGGGUGCCAUUACACUAGACAAACAGCACCCAGCUUCUUUUUGCCUGGCUUACGGAUCUUGGGGACGAGGACGUUUCUUGCAAGCUCGUUUUUAACCUGGUCACCAUUUGUCGGCACCCAGGACGAUAUCCACCCUUUCAGCACAAUUAUGUACCAAAUGAUUUCACUUUGUUAAGUGUAAAAUCCAGUCAGUCUAAUCUAUUUUUCUAAGAAACCUGCACAAAUUAUGUACUAUUCGUGCUGAUAUAAAUGGAGACGAUUUUUAAUCAGAUAAUGUUUACUGAUAGUGUGAUUGUGUUAUUUCAGUCAAAGUUCAUGUGCUGUGCACCCAUCGCAUUUAGAUUGAUAGAAUCAUCUGCGUUGAGUUAUUACAAAUGAAAGCCCAAUAUGUUAUCAAUAUUAUCCGGUACUUCUUAUUUGGUAAAAUUUAGUCAGCGGGACAAUUUCGAUCAGUUGUGUGUGUGUGCGUGGCGUAUGCUCUCACGUGGUUACUACUGUAAACCGUCAAAUAAUUGCGGGCGUUUUAUUUUGCGGAUUUUGCGAAUCACCUCAAUUUACCAAAAAAUAAGGGUAGCCUACUUUUUUAUUAGAAAAACUGAAAAAAAUGUUGUAAUUUGCAAAAUUAAAAUCGUGAAUUUUUUUAUAAAGAAAAUUUUGAAUAUCGUAAAAAUAAUGAUGCUCGGAAAUUUGGGGGUUUACUGUAUAACAUUUGCUUAAUUUGUUUGUAUUGUUCAAUUGUCGAGUGAAUACAGUGCAUUUCUCUGCUUAGGUUAGUUGGUUUAAGGGUCGGUGUAUUGGUGAAUAGCUCACUGAGCUUUGCACACAGGAGUCCUGUUAUUCAGCUCUAUACAGGGUGUCUGUGAAAGGAUGCUGGUCUCGGCUGCAAGUUUAAUGAGGUUGUUAAGGGGAGUUUAUGGGUUGUGCAGGAGCACUGUCACCCCUCUAAAUAGACUGUAUGUAGUUUGAAAAUGCACAUCUGCUUUCUGAGACGUCCUGUAAAAGGCUGUAACUAGGUCCGAUGGUGUUAAUGCUUGGUGGACAAAAUUUGGGGGCUGGAAAUAUUUUAUACUCAUCAACACAGGACAAUAUAUUGAGUAAACUAAAACAGAAAAUGUAAAAAAAUGAGAAUAAAAG